AUGGUCAAAUACUUCCGUAUCUUGAUCAAAGACGCCUCGAAAAAGAUCAGACGACAAGAGGACGGGAGGAACCACCCGCAGCCAUUCGCAUAUAGGACCAACAGACGCGACCGCGAUGAGUUCUCCAAGCUGGCGAUCAACUCCACAACAUAUGGCGGCGGGGAAAAUCCUGCCUACAGACGCUGA